CGGCCGUCACGCUGGGGGGGGGGGGGAAUGCCGGGGAGCACCCAGCCGGUCCCCUUACACUGACAGCCGGGUGCUCACUGACCGCCCCACCGGGUGAGACAGACCAAGCCGCCGCCGCCGCUACCUCAGCCGCACAAUGACUCGAGCAGCGGCUCUCCUCCUCCUCACGAUCGGCUGCAGCUGUCUUGCUGGACUCCAGGCGCUGAAAGUCAACCAGAGACCCAUCAUCGGAAUAUUGGCACAGGAAUCCCAUGAUCCAGUCCUUCAUCCGUAUGGGAAGACUUACAUUGCUGCACCUUACGUGAAGUAUCUGGAAUCAGCAGGCUGCAGAGUGAUGCCAAUCAGGAUGAAUUUAACCCAUGAAGAGUAUGAAAGAAUAUUCUAUUCAAUCAAUGGCAUUCUCAUACCUGGUGGAGCAGCUAACUUGAAGACAUCCAAUUUUGCUAAAGUUGCAAAAAUGUUCUAUGACCUCGCAAUGAAGGCCUUUGAUAGCGGUGAUUAUUUUCCUAUAUGGGGAACCUGUUUGGGUCUACAGGUCCUGGCCAUGUUGACUGCUGGAAAGAACUUACUAAUACACACUGACAGUGAGAACAUUUCACUCCCACUUAAUCUGACCAAUGCUGCUGCAUCUAGCAAAAUGUUUCAGAACUUUCCACCCGAUGUUUACAGAGCAUUGUCCACUGAGCCUCUGGCUGCAAACUUCCAUCACUUUUCCCUUUCCAUGCAGGCCUUUCAGGAUAAUGAGAAGCUAAAUAAAUUCUUUUCGAUCCUGACCACGAAUACCGAUAGGAAGGGCAUUCAAUUUGUGUCAACAAUGGAGGGGAUCCGUUAUCCUUUCUACGGGGUCCAGUGGCAUCCAGAAGUAAGUCGGUUCCAGUGGCAGCCGGAUAUGGCUUUCCCGCACUCUCCGCAUGCGGUUCAACUCUCCUUUCUCCUCGCUGAUUUUUUCGUAAAUGAAGCCCGGAAGAACUUGCAUUAUUUCCCAAGCCCAGAAGAAGAGAGGGCCUCUCUGAUAUAUAACUACAAUCCACGUUAUAUACCUGCAUCCAGCUAUAUCCAAGUUUAUUUCUUCUAAACAAAUACAAAGGUGGUACCAGUUACUGUGAUAACAUUUUUCUUUAGCAAAAUCCGCAUUAUAAACACCUGACUGUCAAGCUUAUCUGCUUGGAAUGAAUAUGAUCAUCACUUAUAGAUUCUGGCCCUGAACUUGUAUAAAUCUGUGUGCACUAUUAAUACAAUAUGCAGAAGUUGGGAGUUUGCCGUUCCUAAAACCUACUCCAUAAUUUCCCCUUUAUUUUGUUCUGUCCACAUUAUUUGUAUGUUGAUGUAAUUACUUCAAUGAAUAUUUAUUCCACAGGUUGCAUGCUUUAGCUGUUAGUUCACUGGUACUGCAUCCCAGUGCAGCCACAGAAUGGUGUGAUGUUAGUUCAUUUUAGGUAAUGUUCUGGUUGAUGAAGGACCACAGCCGAACUGAUGCUCUUUUUUUAAAAUCACAAACAAGAGAAAAUCUGCAGAUGCUGGAAAUCCAAGCAACCCACAGAACAGAUUUCAAAUUUCAAAUCUACCAAAAUGACAGUAGCACCGAAGCAAAAUUAAAAACAGGCGGACAGAGUGAGGGGGCUGAGAGUGAAGGUGACAGCAAAGACAGACAAAUAUAAAUCAGAGAGCGGCGGGAAAGGAAACCUUAUUCCUGACUGGUUGAUAACAGAUUCCAAGCAGCAUUACCAAUAAGAGUUCACAUGUAGUGCAGUAACAGACUGAAAAACUUUGAGCACACAUAAAAUAAAAAUAUUAGGAUAUUCUCUUCCAAUAUUUCUUCUUUGUGUGCUGUUGUGUUCUGAUUAAAGAGAAUAGGAGUUCCUUCAGCCCAUCUACUCUGUGCCAAACUAUUUUGCUUAAUUCCCUCGACCUGCACCUAUAGCUCUCUAUACCCCUCCCAUCCAUGAACUUAUCCAAAUUUCUCUUAAAUGUUGAAAUCAUUUCAUUGCACAGUCUCACCACCCUUUGAAUGAAGAACAUCCCCCUCAUGUUCCCCUUAUGUAUUUCACCUUUCACCCUUAACCCAUGGCCUCUAGUUCUAGUCUCACCCAACCUCACUGGAAAAAAGCCUGCCUGCCUUUACCCUAUUUAUACCCCUCAUAAUCUUGUAUAAUUCUUCCCUCAUUCUCCUACACUCCCAGAGAAUAAAGUCCUAACCUAUUCAACCUUGUAAUGAGCUCUUCGGGCUUGUGCAGUGAGCUGGAGAGCGUUGGCCUCCGAGGUUUUUAAGAGCACCUGGAUUGGUUAAUUGUUGUUUAAUGAGUCAUUAUCAUUUAGAUUUCCUUGUGUUUUUAUCCAGCAACUCUGGAAAGUGGUCUCCUAGUGCUUUCUGUUUAAGCUUGUUGAUCGGCUUGGGGGACUCUGUGUUACUUGUAUUAUUUAAGCAGACGCCUCAUCAGCGCCAAUUAGAGGUCCUACUUUUCAGAAUGUAAUGUCUCACUGUUGGAGUUAUUAUGAAUAAACUGUGGUCGUCAUCUCUA